AUGUCUUCAACCAGAACACUUGAACAUGAAUCUGUGACAAUCUUUAGAAAAUAUCUGCGGAUUCCAUCAGUUCAACCUAAUGUCAAUUAUAGUUUGUAUUUUAGAUUUAUAUAUGAAUACCAUAGGGAUAGGUAUAUAUAUUAAUUAUCAUAUUAUGAAGUUCAUAUCACUGAUAACUACCGAUAUAUUUUUUGCGAUUGUUUAAGAUGUAUGACGUUUGUUUUGUGAGUGACCUUAGUGUCUAAUUUUCCCCAAAAACUGUUUUUUGUUACUUUUCAUAUUUUUAGUAAUGCUCUCUGGAUCAACUAAACUCAAACUCAGGAAUUUGAGAUAUUUUAUAGGUAGAUUUAAAUGAUAAAAGUUGAUUUAAAUUUCAAUAUGAUUAGUAGUGAUUAGACAUUAAUAAAGCUCUGAUGUUAAUGACCAACAUUUCUUUAAAAUAUGCAAUUAUACGCCUUAAAUUUUAUCAAAUAUAUGUAAAAAAGGUGUUAAUAUUAAAUUUUUAAAAAAAUUACAAAGUUUUACAAAAAAUUGGGUUAAUUUUAAUUCAAAAUAUAAAUUAUCAAAAUACAAAAGGUUUAAAUAUUAGUUACCUAGAGUAAAUACUUUGUUUGGUUAAUAGUUACUGUACAAAUGUUUAAUAUUAUAUUUAUAAUUGUUUAAAAUAUGCUACUAAAUUUAUAAAUAAUUAAUAAAUACAUUUAUAUGCUAUAAAAUGUCAAAUAUGCAAAUAUAUGCAAAAUAUGUUUGCAUAUUUGAAAUCACACUUUAUGAAUCAAAUUUAUAUCAUAUUCGGGUAUAAUUCUGAUUCACUAGAAAAAUAUGCAGUUAUAAACAUCCGAGCUCUAGACAUUAAUUUGAACUAAUUUCAAUAUAUUUCCCAUUCUUAAGUAUUCCAUUUUUGGAUUUCACUUUCUGUGUUCUCGUUUUUCUAUUAUCAGACAAUACAAAUUUAAUUGUACAGGCCUAUGGACUUUAAUUUAUAUCAUUAAAAUAUUUUUUAAAUUUUACUUACUAUAAUAUAAUAUAAUUUAUAUAACUGUAUCAAAUAAAAUAGAAAAUAAUAAAAACAAUUAAGAUAUUGCAUAUUCUACGAUUUUUAAAGCAUACUUUACGUAGAUAUUUAGUUAUUUUUUGAUACAUAAAUACAAUUUAAGGUAUUUUGAAUAAAUAAACAUCCAAGCCAUAUGUAUAUAUUUUCCCUCUUUAAGUGAUUUUACAAUUAGAUGUACAGGGUGUUCCACAAAGAUAUACUCAUUGUAGUAUAUCCGGAUAUAAUAAAAGAUAAUUAAAUUCUGGUUUUUUAAUUACUCACCAAGAUAAGGACUACAAAUAUUUAUAUUGCAAUUAAUUUUUUAUGUUUUGGUAAAAAUAAAAAUAAUAACUUAUUGAAAAAAUUAAAGAGGGUCAUUUAAUAGAGUUUAUUCUUUUAAAAUUCAGAGAAAAGAAGGUACAGCCAAUUAAUUAUUAAAAUAAUAAUUAAUUAGAGAAUGUGAUUAUAGCCUGCUGCAUAAUUAUAUGUACAUUUUUCUGAUCAUCUAAACAUCAAAAUUUUCAGAAAAAUAAACUUUAUGAAAUGGUUGUAUUUAAAUUUUUCAAAAAUAAUAAAAUAGUUUUUAAUUUUUUUAUCAAAGCAUAACAAUUUUAAUUAGAAUAUAAAUGCAGUCCUUAUUUCUGUGAGUAAACAGUAUUUGAUUAUCUUUAUUAUCUUCGGAGAUAUUACAAUUUUUGUUGGGUAUCCUAUAAUAAUUAAUAUUAAAUUAUAAAUACCUAACAUUAUUAUAUACAUGAAUAGGUGAGUGUAUACGGUUUCUUGAAGAGCAAAGUCAAAGAUUAGGACUUCCAUUAAACAUUUAUUAUAUAACACCAGAAAAACCAAUUGUUAUUAUUACAUGGGUAGGACAACAACCAGAAUUGCCAUCUUUAUUGCUCACAUCUCAUAUGGAUGUAGUUCCAGUAUAUCCUGUUAGUAAAAUCUAUUAAUGGUUUUUAAGUUAAUAAUUAUAAUUUUAAGGUGAAUUAAAUCUCAUAGGAAUGUUGGACAUAUAAUCCAUUUUCUGCAUACAAAGAUGAAAACGGAAAUAUAUUUGCUAGAGGAGCACAAGAUAUGAAAUGUGUUGGUAUUCAAUAUUUGGAAACAAUCAGAAAAUAUAUUACUGAGCAAUUAAAAUUUAAUAGAACUAUCCAUAUAUGUUUUACACCAGGUAAAUAUAAAUAAAGAAGUUUACUAAAAAAUAAUAAUCCAAUAUUGAUGUUGAAAAAUUAGAUGAAGAAAUUGGAAGUCAAUUUGGUAUGGCUAAAUUUGUUAAAACUUCAGAAUUCUCUGCGUUGAAUGUUGGUUUUGCUUUGGAUGAAGGAAAAGCAACUCCAAAUGAAGUUUUUAAUGUAUUUUACUGUGAAAGAACUGUGUGGGGUGAGUUCACUAUCAACCAACAAAUUAUUUUCUAUUUUUUGUUCUUCUUUUUUAGAUUCUGAGUGGAACGAAGAAGAUAAUAGUUUUACAAUGUUUUUUAAUUUUUUUCUUUUAAUCUAUGUGCAACUUUUCCACUACCAGAAAACUUACUUAGAUUUCUACGUGUAGCACUUUUUCUGAAAGGGAAUUGUACUUUAGGGAGGUCAGUUUUUGAUUUUUCUCAUCAAAUGUAAAAAACCAGGAAAAUUUACUAAAUAUAAUAAACAUUUUUUUUUCUGUGGGAAAUUUUUCUACCAGAAAUUUUGCUCCAACUUUUAAUGAUAGUAAUGUUUCUAAAACAAAAUUUCAUUAGGGAGGAACUUUAGAGAAGUUAAUUUUUUAAUUUUCCCAAGAGUUUUCUCAUUGAAAAAACACUUUAUAGGUACAACCUUUGUUUUUAUUAUAAAUUAUUCGUGGUUAGAUAUUACAUUUUCCCACAAGGUCAGAUAAAUCAUUUUUCAUUUCAUAUGACCAAAAUUAUAAAAUAAAUAAUUUUUAAACCAUUUGUAUAAAACAAACUGAAAAUUAAAUAUUAAUGGAAUAUGUUAAUAAAAAUGAAGAUUUUUACAUACUGAUGAAGCCCUAACAAAAGCAUAUGGGAUAGUUACCACCGAAUUCUGGUGCAAUUGUAGUUUUUAAUAGGUAUUUCAAAAUCUAUAGAAAAAUUUUAUUAAUCUGAAUCAAGUGAAAUAGAUUAAUUUAAACAAAAUUUUAUUUUGCACAAAAUUGCACGUUUAAGGGUUUUUGCAUUAAAAUGCACUUAUUCGUAUAUUCUUGAUUUUGAUUUUUAUUUUAAGUAUUAAUUUAUUAUUACAUUCAUAUUAUUUGUAAUCUGUGUUACUUUAUAUCAAACAUAAUACAGUUUUAAAACUUAGCUUUAUUACAAUGAUAUAUGGAGGAUAUAUAUAUGCAGGGGUAGGUAAAAUACCUACUUAUAUUAGCCCUUUCAAAAUUUAAUAAAAAUUUCAACACUGUUUUUUUUUUUUUAAAUUUUUAGAUAUUUAAUUUGAAAUUUUCUAGUUUUAUUUGAUAUUAUAUUUUAUUAAAUAAUUUGCUACACUCAGCAUCUAUCUAGGAGCUCCUCUCCAGGCUUUAGUGGUGCCCCUUUGAAAAAAAUUUGCUCCCCUACAGGACAGACAACUUUUAGCCACAGUUCUUCUGGGUGUUCAGCUGGAGCAGCUUCAGUCCUCAAUCAGGAUACAUAGGAACAAAAUAAAUUGAUUAUUAACAUAUCAUAGUUAAUAUUUAAUUCUAGCAUCAGGAAAACACAAUGGGAGACUUUGUAUACAACCUUCCCAUCUACAACAGCGGUCUACUUAUGACAGUUUCCUAUAUGAGAAACUUGGAACAAUGCACAAAACAAUAUAUUUUUUCUGACUUUUUAAUUUUUAGAUUUGGUUAUUACUUGCGUUGGCCCUACUGGACAUGGUUCAUUAUUACAUGAAAAUACUGCUGGAGAAAAAAUACAAUACAUUAUCAAUAAAUUUAUGAACUGGAGAGAAGUUGAAAAAAAUAGAUUGAGAAAUAGUAACCUAGGACCUGGAGAUGUGACAACUGUUAACUUAACAAAGAUUAAAGGAGGAUGUCAGAUAAAUGUUGUUCCAAAUGAAUUAUCAGUUGGUUUUGAUAUUCGAUUAGCAAUAAAUGUAGAUAUAAAACAAAUAGAGAGAACUGUAUUGGAAUGGUGUGAUAAUGCUGGUCCAGGGGUUACUGUACAAUUUAAAGAAAAUCCAAUUUGUGUUAAACCAACCAAAGUAGACAAUAGUAAUCCUUGGUGGGUUGCGUUUAAAACAGAAUGUGAUAAAAUGUAAGUUUAAAUUAUAACAUUUAAAAAAUUUAUUAAGUUUAAUUAAGAUUGAUUAUUGUUUUAGGAAUAUGAAAUUAAAUACCUGUGUAGCUACAGGAGGAACAGAUGCCAGAUUUAUUAGAAAUGUAAUAUAUUUAUAUAUACUUUAAUAAUAAUUCAAUCACCUAAAAACAUUAAAAAUAUUAAAAUUUUGAUUUUAAAUUAUAGGAGGGCAUACCAGCAUUAGGAUUUUCACCCAUGAACAAUACAAUAACUUUAGCACAUGAUCAUAAUGAAUUCAUUAACGAGAAGACAUUUAUUAAAGGUUUAGACAUAUACUAUAAUAUAAUUAAAGGACUUGCACAAAUAUGA